AUGCCCCCGCCGAUCGACCUAAACACGAUGCCACAGACGCGUGAUGAGCGACCCCACAGCGACCGCAUUACUCUCAACGUCGGCGGUCGUCGCUUCGACACUACCCGUGAGACACUCAUGGGCGGUUCUACCUACUUCGCCGUCAGGCUAUCAGAACAAUGGCCGAGCGAGACAGACGAGGACGGAUCGUACUUCGUUGACGCAAGCGACGAUUUGUUCGAGCACAUCCUGAGUUACCUCCGCACAGGAACGUUUCCUAUUCUCUUCGACAUGGACACGCUGAGAUUCGACCUGGUCAAGUAUUCGGCUCUGCUGGGCGAGGCUCGCUUCUUCGAGAUUGGAGAGUUGGCCAAGUGGAUCCAAGAUCAGAAGUUCAAGAGCGUCGUUACGGUUACAUACCAGGCGCAGUUCUUCGAUGAGGUUAGACAGCGCAACGUCGCCAGCGGCAGCUUUACAGAGAAGAUGUCAGGUGCCGCCAAGAUCGAGACGCACCUCGAGAAGAGUGCCGAACUUGUCUACCGCUGCCCACGGGACCCUAUGCACCAUGGACAGAACGAUUGCACCGAGCGUUGCUUGGAAAACGCGGGGAGGUCGAACGGAUGGAUGGAGAAACCAAUAUCCAAAGCGCUGGUGGUUUCAACCAGGGUCAACUUCAAUUUCGAAGUUGCUAACAAAAGGUGAACAGCUGAGAGAGCCACCUACGCUGAGAAGGGGAAAAGUUGUUGUGAAAGUUUGACGGAAUCGGAGAGAAUUGUUUUAGGGGAUCUAUAUUGGUCUGAGCAAGUCAGGCUUGUAUAAAGUAUCUGAG